GAAGUGCGAUAUCGUCAUAUUUCGGAAAUGCCUAUCUGAAAAGCGUGCGAGUGAAAGAAACUGUGGUUUAUUAUAUCCUUAAUUUCAUCUGAAUUGCGCGAUGUCAGUUGAUGCAGGUCAGUGACAACAGGUCGGCUUUUUUCGCAUGCUGAUGCUGUGAUCAAUUAGAAGACGCCGAAACGCAUCGUUUCCUCAGGAUGUCACGUCGCAAACAAGCGAAGCCACGGUCACUCAAAAGAGAGGAGGAAUGGGAAGCGGAGUGCGGCGAGAAGGCAGGAGGUGCGGACGCGGUGCCCACAGCCGCCGAAGGAGAAGACAGCGCCCAGCCGCCGCCAGAAGGCAGCACCGUCGCCAUGACGGAAGCUCAGGCGCAGUUCGGAGGGGUCGCCGAGUCCCUCCAUCUGGACGACAUCGACAGGACCAGCUUCAGCCGUCUGUCGGACGGUGGCAGCCCCGGACCCCCAUCCGACAACAGCCUCGAGUCAGAAUUUGUGAAGAUCUGCGUCUAA